AUGUUUUUAAAACAUUUAGACCUCACGACUGCUUUGAGGCCUUCUUAUUUGCCAGAUGAGGUCAACCUCUUUGUCCAAGACAAUGUUGGGCUUUAUGAGGGGAAAUACAAAAUUCCUGAUCAUCAGAAUGGUCAGGUCUACUUGACAUCUCAUCGAAUAUGUUAUGUAGACAAUAAUGACCCAAGAAGGAAUUCUACAGCAAUAGAUCUCAAAGACGUUGAUCGUUAUGAAUUUUACGCUGGUUUUUUGAAAUCAUCCGCCAAGAUUACUCUUGUCCCGAAGCCUUCGAAACGAUCCUCAGUCCAAAAUCGAGCUCUAACAAGUCUACAUUCUCCAUCCAGAAGUGCAACAUCAUCUCCAUUAUCACGAACCGAUAGUCCAUUCCAUCUGCCAGCUUCCGAACCUACACCCGCAAGUAGCGCGACAUGGAUCUGCCCUAUCUGUUCUUUCUCGAAUCCUGUCCCCUCGAAUUUCGAUCCAGUCACAUCCAAUGCAAACACUCCUUUGCCACCAUGCUUAGCAUGUGGCAUCAAACCUCCGUUCGCUCUUAUUCUUAAGGCAGCUAUAUCGAGUGCGGGCAACAGACCGACUCCCUCUACUACAACCCCGGUUAAAACACUCUUACCAGUGAGAGGUCGGCCAGAUGCCCCUCGUCCGCAAUCUGAUUCUUGGGAUACACCCUCGAGUCAUUUCGGAGUUGAAGAUGAGUCUCCCUCUGGUGGAGCCAAUGAGGCAUCUUUUGCUUGUCCUAGAUGCACGUUCUUGAAUCAUCCAUCGCUCAUGGCUUGUGAGCUUUGCGGGGCUCCACUACUGUCACAAGACCUCCCAACUGGAUUAAGUCCCUCACAACGACGUAAACUGUCCCCAGGCCCAACAUUGAAUAAUCUGCCAGCGCCUGGGACGGAAACCAAUGAGAGCAUCAAAUUGUCAUUUCGAGGUGGUGGAGAAAAAGUGUUUCUCGAACGUCUCAAAGCAUCCAUGACACAGCGUAAAUGGCUUCUUCAAAACGCUCCCCCGAUACCCAAAACCAAUCGUCAUGUUAGGACAGAUAGUGGAUCAGGGUCGGGUAGUUCUACACCCAAUGGCGAGCGGACGAAAACGGUUGGAAUCGCAGGCCUGGAACAAAGACGUCUUGAAGUCCGUAAGAAUAAUGAACUUGUCAUAGGAAGUGCUUUUGAGGAUCUCGACGCAUUGAUGGCAUCGGCCAAAGAGAUUAUUGCUCUUGCCGAAUCAUUUGCUAGCAGUAAUAAUGCAAAUGGAAAUACUGAAUCUAAUGCAGUUGCAAGUGCCCUUGGUUUAGUAACGACGAAAGAUAUGCUUGGUGGUGGGAGCAAUUCCGAGUCAUUGUAUAUUUCAGAGUUGUCAAGGAAUCUUGCAGAGUUUCUCACAGAUGAUGCUAGAGGAAUCCUGCGCAAGACUGGAGGUAUUAUUAGUCUGGUUGAUUUAUGGGCUACUUUCAACCGUGCUCGGGGUGGUGUUGAACUCGUUAGUCCGUUGGACUUCGAAAAGGCUGCAAGAUUAUGGGAGAAGCUGAAGCUUCCUGUACGAUUGAGACAGUUUCGUAGUGGAGUACUAGUGGUUCAAGGCAGUGAUAGAACUGACGAAAAGACUAUCAAAACUUUGCUGGCAUGGUUGAGAGAUUUGCACGUAUUUCCACCGGAGAAGGAAGUGCCAUGGGACUGGCAAGAAUUUGGACAGGGUGUCACAUCACAGGACGCCGCAGAACGUUUUGGAUGGAGCAUAGGAGUAGCCGAAGAAGAACUUGAAAUGGCUGAGGAAAGAGGUGCUUUAUGUAGGGAAGUAAGUAUAGAAGGCGUGAAGUUCUGGGAGAACUGGAUCGACCCAGCGCAGUCGCCAGCACCCAAUCUACAGCUAGCCGAUGUUGGCAAUCUUGCUGCCAGCUACAUAUAA